AUGGGGCUCGAUUACUGGCUUGUCCACUUGACCUGGACAAUCCCACCAGCAGCGCUUAUGACGGUGGCAUAUUGGCCAUUUUUCACCAGAGUAGAUGUGCUAAAGUUAUUCACAUUGACCAAUAUCGCAGUUCUAGCGACCAUACCAUGGGACUCUUACCUGGUCCGAAGGCGCAUAUGGGGUUACCCUCCGGGGGCCGUUUGUGGACUCACUAUAUUCCAAAUUCCGGUGGAGGAGGUCUUCUUCUUCAUAGUCCAAAGCUAUUCAACUGGCCUGCUAUACACCAUCCUUACCAAGCACUUGGUUUUACCAGCGUAUCUGCUGCAACGACAUUCUAACUUUUCCAAAAACGCUAUCUCACUGUCCCUUUUUGCGGGCAGCGGCAUAGGUGUGGCGUGUAUUUGCGCUGGGGGUAGUGCGACCUACCUGGGUCUUAUCCUCGCAUGGGCUCUUCCUGUGAUUGCAUUUCAAUGGCUCUUAAGUGGGCAUUUUCUGCUCUCUCUUCCCGUGAGGCCGAUAGUCGCGUCGGUGGGGAUCCCCACUGCGUAUUUGUGGGUGGUUGACUCAAUAUCCCUCAAGCGGGGGACCUGGGUAAUCGGAGAGGAGACCAAGCUAGGCCUGUACAUUGGCAAGCAUCUCGAGAUAGAGGAAGCCUUGUUCUUCUUCGUCAGCAAUGUCUUGAUUGUGGUCGGACUGGUGACAAUGGACCACGCUCUUGCAAUUUCAGAGUACAAACUGCUGGUAUCCAAGCCACCGGAGGAUAAACCGCAAACAUUCAGUCAACUGGCAUGGUCAUAUCUCUCGACUCGGGAGCGCUCAUUGGAUCUGGGAUUUCUCGAAGGCAUGUCUGCGGCCAUCGAUAAGUUGGCCCAAAAGAUCGUCGAUGACCUGGUGGAUGAGGCUCCGGACCGCGAAACGGCCCGGGCCAAUGUGCAAGAAACAUCCCAGGUACUUCACUGGCGGUUUUCAACAAAGCGCUCUUGGAUGCCAUUAUACAACUACGUGGAGUCAGAGAGGGUCGAUUCAAAGGUGGGAGUCUCAUCGCCGCUGAUCACCUCCAUUGCCCUCUUGCCGGUAUCUAGACUCACGAUCAAUCCGCUACUUGAGCUCCUGUCAGGGUUUGAAAUGGAUUUGGGUUUCUGCGCCGAGGAGGGCCAGUUCCCAAUCAGAACGGAGGAGGACCUGGAGGUAUACGCAUAUCGAGUCGCGGGGACCGUCGCUGCAUCUCUUUUGGAGCUGGUUUUCGCCCACUAUGGCUUGGAAUCAAUCAACGCCGAUGCUUCCAAGCAAAGCAGCAUCAUCCAAGCGGGCGAAAAAAUGGGACAGGCUUUGCAGUACGUCAACAUUGCUCGUGAUAUCAAACGUGAUGCGGAAAUCGGCCGGGUGUACAUCCCAACAUCGUGGCUCCACGAAAUAGGAUCGAGUCCCAGUGAUGUGAUUGCACGACCGGAGGAUCCCAAGUUCGCUGCACUCGAAGAACGCAUGCUUCAGAAGGCAGAUAGAAUGUAUGAGGAGAGUGUGAGUUCAAUCGAUCAACUGCCGCGCGAGGCUCGGGGGCCGGUCAAAACUACAGUGGAGAGCUACAUGACGAUUGGUGCAAUGGUUCGGGAAAGGCGGCGGAAUGGGGCUCCAGUGAAGGGAAAGCUUAAAGUGCCAUUAUGGCGACGACUUGGACGUGCCUGGAAGGAGAUGCUCUGA